AUGCAGUACACCCCGUUUGCUUCUGAUAUCGAGCUCCCUUUCUAUACGACCCUAGCAUCCUCCAAAAUCAACCAUGACAAACUGGAUGACUCUGCCCGGCCACUGUUGGGUCUCUAUGAGAUUCGUUCCACAGACCCCGCGGCUGCUUCAUGUCGAAUGCAAAUCCAUGGAAACGCACUCACCAGCAUCGAGGCACCAGCCAGCUACUACCGGGCGGAAGGCAUAAUCAAAAAUGUCAACACCGUCGAGGAAUACCGGAACAUGGACAAAUCGCAAAUGAUCCACCAAACUGGGAAAACGAUCUGGGAUGCCAUCAACGAUGGCACCAUCUACUCCUGCCCGUCCUUGCUGUCGAGUUUCGUCAUCCUGUCAUUUGCAGACCUCAAAAAAUACAAGUUCCACUACUGGUUUGCUUUCCCCGCAAUUCAUUCCGAUCCCCCAUGGGUCCCUGUGAUAUCCACUGUGUCCUCAGUCCCCGAGUCACACAGUCAAGAGACCGGAUCGGGAAGGCACCUGUCCCAAGAUGACAGCACCGCCCUGGUGGAAGCUGUGCAGACUUGGUCAUAUGGGGUGGAUGGUCGCCAACGAGGAUUUUUUCUCGCCCGAAGACACCGAGGGGAUUCCGGCCAUACCUCAUCCUCAGACUCAGGAACCAAGGUGAUCCAGCCAGAGGGUGGUUCAACGCAUAGCAGCUGGCAAAUUGCAUCAUUGUCAGAAUAUGAACAUGGAUUUUUUGAGAGUGCCGCUUUCGAGGACUGCUACGUUUGCUUUGCAGACCCAUCAAACUAUGAAACCGCCCCUGGUUGGAUGUUACGGAAUUUGUUGGUGCUCGUCAAGCAACGAUGGGGCCUUGACAAGGUACAGGUGCUUCGGUAUCGCGACGUUCAAUCAAGACGAGACCAAGGCCGCAGCAUAGUGAUUCAGCUGGAAUCAAGAUCGGCGCAAGCGUCAGAUGCCGCGAAGUCACCUAACAUCCAAGAGCGGAUGCCGAAGGUGACGGGUUGGGAACGCAACCCAACCGGGAAGUUGUCGGGGAGAAUUGUGAACCUGACAGAAUACAUGGAUCCCAAGAGGUUGGCUGAUCAAUCGGUCGACCUCAAUCUCAAGCUCAUGAAAUGGCGGAUUAGUCCCACGCUAAACCUCGACAAGAUCAAGCAGACCAAGUGUCUCUUGCUCGGAGCUGGGACGCUGGGCAGCUAUGUCGCUCGGAAUUUGUUGGUAUGGGAUCUCAACGCUGAGCUCCAUGGAAUCGACCAGCUGAUCACUGAACUCAAUCAGGGAUGGGGGGUGAAGAAAAUAACUUUUGUCGACCAAGGAACCGUAUCAUUUUCCAACCCAGUCCGCCAGCCCCUUUUCGCAUUUAUAGACUGCUUGAACGGGGGCGCGCAGAAAGCGCAUCGCGCAUCCCAAGCACUCGCCGAGAUCUACCCAGGAGUGGAGACUGCGGGACAUGUUCUUUCCGUGCCCAUGGCCGGUCAUCCGAUCGUGAACGAGAGCGAGACGCAAGCCGAAUUCGAAACCCUCAAAGCAUUGAUCGAUGGGCAUGAUGCCAUAUUCCUUCUGAUGGACACCCGAGAAUCCCGCUGGUUACCCACUGUGAUGGGGAAAGCCGCCGGGAAAAUCGUGAUGAAUGCGGCCCUGGGGUUUGAUUCCUUUGUAGUCAUGCGCCACGGCGUCACGGAGGCUGGGCAUGCGACGGCGGACCUCGGAUGCUAUUUCUGCAAUGACGUUGUAGCACCCGCCAAUUCUAUCAAAGACCAAACACUCGAUCAACAGUGUACCGUCACCCGCCCCGGAGUAGCUGCGAUAGCCUCUGCACUUCUGGUUGAGCUUCUCGUGUCACUCCUGCAGCACCCCAAAGGAGCUGCAGCUCCAGCUCCCUCGAAACAAAGUGACGAGCAGGAGGAUCAUCCUUUAGGGCUUGUACCUCACCAGAUUCGAGGAUUCCUUUCGACAUUUGAGAAUGUUUCCGUCACUGGCAAGAAUUACACAUGCUGUAGCGCUUGCUCUGAAAAGGUAACCGGUGCAUAUCAAGACCAAGGUUGGGAGUUUGUACGAAAAGCCCUGAACGAGCCAGGGUACGUGGAAGAAUUGAGCGGGCUAAAAGAGGUCCAAGAGAAAGCGGAAGCUGCACUGGCUGAUGUUGAGUGGGAUGAUGCGUCGGAAAACGAAGAGAUGGAGGUUCUCUAG